AUGUCAAAUAAACAAUUUUAUCGAAAAACUGCAACUGAAAGACAACGAGAACGUCGACAAAGAGCAGCAGCUAUUGAAUUUGAUUCAAAGUUGAACGAUUUAGAAGCUGAUUAUUUCCAUAGCAAUGCUGUUCAAGAAACAUCUGACAUACAAAUGAUAGUUGAAGAUUUUUGUACAUCUACAAAUAAUGAAGAUUAUCAGUUUGAUGAUGACAAUUAUUCCAAUACACAAAAUAUAAUACUAGAAAGUUCUAGUGAAAGUGAAGGUGAAAUAAAUGAUGAUAAUGAUAAUUAUAAUGAUGAUGAUGAUGAUGAUAAUUAUAAUGAUGGUGAUGAUGAUGAUGAUAUUAUACGUGAGCUUAUCAAUCUAUCUAAUAUUAAUCGUGAACAAAAAUUAUACUCAUCUUGCAACUUAUCAAUUUAUAAUGCAUGUAUGGAAAUUAUUAAACUUUCUCGAGAUUUGAAUUUGAACAAACAACAAAUCCAGCGUUUGUUGAAUGGAUUACGUUUAUUACUACCAACAGAGAAUAAGCUGCCACGCACUGUUCCUAGUCUUCUGAAAAUUGUUGAUAUUGAUUGCUCCAACAAUGUUACAUAUUACUGCCGUGGUUGCUUUCAUCAUCUUGCAUCACCUCAGCAAACAUCAUGUUCUAAUGGGUGUUCGAUGCAUAAUCAAAGCCGUCCAUUUAGAAACGUUAGUGAAUUGGUUAUAUGUGAUAUUAAAAAAGAAAUUCUAUCAACUGCAAAAAGAUACAUUCAUUUAAUUCAAGAGUAUCAGAAUGAAUCAAAACUUAUAUUACCUGGUGAUGUAGUGCAUGGAAAGAUCUAUACAAAGUUGCCAUCAAAUAAGUCCAGCAAGCUUACUUUAGUAUUGCAUACGGACGGAGCACCGGUCACAAAAGUCGGCGGUAAAUCUUUGUGGCCGGUGCAAUGUACUUUUAUAGAAAUUUCUCCACCUGUACGAGAUUAUGCCGAUUCAACUAUGAUUUUCGGUUCCUGGUUGGGUGGUACUCACCCAAAUCGAGAUUUAUUAUGGUCUAGAAUAGUUGAACAAAUACAUGAUUUACUACAAACCGGUAUUACGAUUCAUGCGGAUACAGGUGAAAAGUUUAAAUGUGUUAUUCGAGUGCAAUUAGCUACAUUUGACUUACCAGCUCUUGCACAAAAUUGUAACAUUAUUCAAUUUAACGGGUAUAAUGCAUGCCCAGAUUGCGAUAUUCGUGGUAUAGCUAUUGAUCGUCAGGUCUUUUAUCCUUAUUCUAAAACACCUGCAGCACCAAAAACUGAUUAUCAUUACACAUCUUUAUCGAUGCUAAAAACGAAUGCAGCUGCAUCAAUAGGAAUCAAGGGACCAACACCAUUAACACAAAUAUUGAUCUUUCCUGAUCAGAUAGCUAAAGACUAUAUGCAUCUUGUAUGUUCUGGUCAUUUUAAGACAUUGAUAACAUAUUGGGAGAGAAUUUUAUUACCUGGAGUUUUUGAUCAAAGUUCAAAUUAUAUUAUAUCGGUCGUAUUGCCUCAUUCUUUUAAAUAUCAAUUUAUUCCUCUUGUACAAUAUUCUCAAUGGAAAACAAAGAUGUUCAGAGAUUUCUUAUUAUAUGUAUCACCAAUUUUUGUGGCCUUAUUUCUGCCUGAUAAACUUGCUUCACAUUUUCUACAUUACUUUAUAUAUGUACGUGCUUUAUAUUUUUAUGAAGAUACUUCACAAUUAGAUGAAAUUGAAAAUAUGUUCAACUAUUACUAUGAACAUAUGAAAGAUUAUUAUGGAGAAAAAUCUCAGCUAUGUACACUUCACUUACAUUUACAUUUGAAAGACCAAGUUGUUAAACAUGGUGCAUUAGUAUACACAUCAUGUUUUGCUCGUGAAUCUUAUAUUGGUCAUGCAUUAAAAUGGUGUUUAGGUAAAAAAUACAUAUUAAAACAAUUUAUUACUUGGUAUAGCGUCGAUCGUGCUUUAGCUUCAGAUAAUUCACUUAAACUUAAUGAUAUAUUCUAUGUUGAAAAAUUCGAUGAAAAUUUUAUGGAUAAAUGCUUUAUUCAAAAUUAUCAACAAAAAUUAAUAACAUGCUCAAGCACAAAAAACAUUGAUUUAUCAAGAUCAAGAUUUUAUUCUCGUUACAGUCGUGGUUUAAAAGUAUUUCACUCACGUGCUUAUACAAGAAGUGGUAAUGCAAUUAGUUAUUUAGUAUCAAUACUAACCAAAACGUGUCCAAUGAAUAGACAUACAUGUCUCGGUGAAGUUUUAUUUUAUUUUCAUUCUUCUGGUCACUAUUAUGCAUUUAUUAAAAAAUAUGCUUGUAUGAACUUUAGUAUUUCAGAUGCAUUAUCUACAAUAUCAUUACCUCCAAUAAUUACCGACAGAUUAAAAUAUUAUUAUGGCUUUUACAAUCAUAAACGGUUUUCGUACAAAAUUAUACCUGUAUCUUAUAUAUCAAAUAAAAUUAUUAAUAUGAAAUGGAUUAAUGAUAUAUUAGCUUACACUGAUGUUGUUUGUGAAUGGGAACAUGAUUAA